AUGACAGAGCAGGACUCUCAUGAGCUUCCUGCCAAAUCUAUAAGGGGCAAACCAGGAAAUCAAAGCCAAAACAAUCUGCGGAUUGAUGAAAACGACAACUUAACUACAAAGAAAGAAAGUAGUAAGAGAAGCACCAAGGAGUCAAAUAUUCAAAGGGGAAAGCCGAAGGAUAAAAUUAGGAAGAAUUCUUCAAGCGUUAGGACUGGAUCUAAGACGAACAAUGAAGAGGAUCCUGAAUUAAUAAAGAGGGAUGGCAGGACUAAGAAUGGCUCAUCGGUAAGAAGAAGGAGAAGGCCGAACAAAACUAAUACUGAAGGUAAAGUUACAUCUUCACAGACCCAGAAAGAGGAUUUUAAGAAGGCACCAGGAGGUGGAGAGAAGAAGAAGGCAAAAACCCGUACUGCAAAUGCUCAAGUAAGAAAUACUCAAUAUAAUAAUUUCUCCAUAGAUCCACAGGCCAACUUGCUCAUGAAGGAAAGGGAGGAUCAAAUUAAUCUUUGUAUUCAUAAGCUAGGUCCAAGUGCCUUCAAGCUUUUCAGAAAAGGUCGUUAUGUCACUUCCUAUGGUUUUAUACCGAAGCGGAGCAAGUCGACAAUAGUCCAAAAAAUCGGGACUUUUCUGAUUAAUAUACCGCUUAAUUAUCCUGCUACACCAAUAAAACUAGCUAGUAAUCGGAAUGAAGAUCCUGAAUCAAUAGAAUCCCUUGAGCAAAAUCAAAUAAUAAAAAAUUUCAACAAUAAAGCACGUGAAUUGAACACUGAAAACUAUUCACUCAUAUCACAACUCAAUUAUCUUAUAAAUGAGAUAGAUCGUUUGGCGAACAAAGAUUUUCUUUCCUCAGAUAAACGGAAGAAUGAAUUCUAUACAAGUUUUUUAACAAAUUAG